CCAGGUGCGUUGUUGCCAAGACGAUUGUCAUUUCCACACACACACUCCAUCAAACCAACAACACCACAACACCACACCCGAAGCAACCCCAGACAGCAAUCACAGCACACCAUGUCAAGUGUCAAGAAAACAGCGCCGCUGCUGCCUGGUUUCACCUUCCAGGAUCCCACGCAAACGCGGUUCCCACGAUCCCAAACGCUGUCCAAGACAGCAGGCCGUGGUGAUGAUGCAGAAGAGGUGAGCGAGGACGACCUGCGCCGGCUGCAGGAGCAAACAAAGCGCCUUGCCUUCCAGACCACCACACGCAGAGAAACAGAGAAGGCCGCAUUGCCCAUUCGAACCCCAGCACACAUCCCAGCCUACGUCGCUCUUGACAAGAAGGUCCUGACAUUUGAUGGCUACUUCAAGGAAACGGUCACAGAGUCUGCGGAGGAGCACUUCCGCGUGCGCCGCGUCAAGAUCUACUACCAUCUUGAGGAUGACACCAUGUCUGUGCUCGAGCCCCCCGUCCCCAACAGCGGUCUCCCCCAGGGCAAGCUCAUUCGUCGCCAGCGCCUGCCCAAGGACGCGCGCGGCAACACGUGGUCGUGGAAGGACCUGAACGUCGGCAUGAACCUCCCCAUCUACGGCCGCGUCUUCCGCGUCACAGACUGCGACGCCUUCACAAAGGAAUUCCUUCUGUCCAACGGCAUUGAGCUGAAUGCGACGGAGCAAGUGCCGGAGGACCCGUACACGGUGAAGCGCAAGGUUGUGGAGCAGCCGUCCACGCUGGCCACCACCAAGAGCGACUUUGACAAGCUGAAGCAGUUUAUUGAGCUCGAUCGAAAGGUGCUGCGCUUCUACUGCGUAUGGGACGACCGCGCAAACCUCUACGGCGAACUCAGGCCCUUUACGCUGCUGUACUUUCUCGUUGACGACACGAUUGAGAUCCGGGAGCAGCACCAACCGAACGAUGGGCGCGACAACUUCCCGCUCCUCCUCCGCCGCCAGCGCGUCCCAAAGAACCCAAAGAACAUCCCACGCGCGUUCCCGAAGAUUGUGAUGGAGCCGUCGCAGGAGGAAGAGGGCGACUACAUUGGGCCCGAGGACCUCGGCAUUGGCGCACGCGUCUUCAUCCUCGGAAGAGAGCUGCUGCUGUGCGACUGCGAUGAGUUUACGCGCGAGUUUUACCGCCGGAACUUCAACGUGGAGGACUUCACCCCCAUUGAUGUUGAGGACCCGUUGACAGAGGACGCCCCUGUGGAAAUUCCGCCGCACACCGGAUUUGGCACUCACGAGGACUCCAUGCAGAGCGUGCUGGCCCUGCAGCCAAAGCCACCAAAGGCAGACAUUGGCAAGCUCCUCAAAUACGACAACAAGUCCCUUCGCUUCUCUGCGCGCAUGAAGACGGAGAACCCCAUUGACGCCGAGCGCCGGUUCAUCGUGUCCUACCACCUCUCCUCGGACACCAUCUCCAUCUUCGAGCCACGCUCGCGCGAGACGCACGGCGGGAAGUUCCUGGAGGCCACGCGCGUGCGCAAGCCCGGCUGCGACAAGCACAACCCUGUGUACUAUGGCGACUUUGACCUCUACCCUGGCAUGGAAUUGGAGGUGUUUGGCCGCACGUUUGUGCUUGAGGACUGCGACAAGUUUGUGCUCAAGUUCAUUCAAGAGAACGCGCACCAGUACCCGCAGGCCGCCCUGGACCAGCUCUCAAAGAAGUACAACAUCCUCUUCGACACAAAUACGGAUGCGGCAGAUGCACUUGACUCUGCACGCAAGGCGCUGCGUGACCGCGGGUUCUCCAGCUUUGAUCUCGUGCACAAGCGCCUGGCGCAACUCGACGCCAACGACCGCGGCGUCCUCCACCAGGACACCGUCUACGACACGUGCCUCGAGAUCGGCCUCCCCCUGGGCAAUGGCCUGAUGACGGCGCUGCUGGGCCAGUGCGACGUGGGCGAGGGCAUGGUUGACUACCGCCGCUUUGUCGACAUGCUCGCCAGAGACGACGCAUAGUGGCUGCGGGCAUGUGCUUGCUUGCGUGUCGUUUGCUUCCUUUGUGUCGUUGAAUUGCGAGUGUCUAACUGUCUCGGUGUGUCUUAAGAUGUCUCGUUGUGUUUGCGAGCGAGUGCCUCGUGCUUACAUUUUGUGAAUUCAUCAAACCAGCAGCAUUCUAUUCUGUCUGUUCAUUGCGCGUUGUGUUGUGGGUUGCGUUUGUUUGUUGGUUGUCUCCCUUGGUCUUUGCCUCAAUCUCCUUGUCUCAUUCCUUCCCCCCCCCUCCCCAAACUGUUGCAUAAACCCCCAAAGCUUUGCGUUCAC